AUGCAAUAUGAAAAUUUUAGUCGUCAUCUUCGACAAAAAUAUUCCACAUGUUUACAUGUUGCUGAUCAACUUGCUGAUCAACUUAAACAGAAUAGUCAAUCAAAAAUAAUACCUACGUCUGUACAUGAAUUGCAUAAUCAAAAUAUGUUGAAAGCUCAACAGGAAAUUUCUUUUCCAUUAAUAUCUUAUUUAAAUAAUAUUGAAUGUGUUAAAACGAAAUCAAUUGAGAACAAUCAAGAAUAUAAACCGUACUUUAAUGAAUGUAUUUUACUAGCACAACGAAUUAAAAAUAAUCGACAUUCUUCUAAUCGGGAUCGACAAAUUUGUUAUGAAAAUUUAAUUUUAACACAAAAAUUAGAACGUAUUAAGAAGCAAUCAGGAAAAAAAGAUUAUAAAAAUCAUUGUCAUUUAUUAUUAUCAAAAGUUAAUACUACACAGAAUCAUUCUACCGAACAAAUCAAUCAGACAACUGUUGAAGAAGAAGAAGAAUCUAUAGACUCUAGUGAAGAAAAAUUCUCUAGAACGAUAGUAAGAUCUCAUUCAUCAUCUGAACAUGAAGAUGAUCAAGCAACAGCAGCUGAUGUUGAUGCUACGAUGAAUUCUUGUCAUUCAACAUCAACUGUAACAUGGAAAAAACGAAAAAUAUUUCGAAAUAAUUGUAUACAAAUAAAUGACAAUCGUAUUUAUCAACAUCUGAAUAAUAUUGAUAUGACAAUGAUUAGAGAUACAAUGCCUUUGUCAACAUCGCGCAAUUCUAAACAUUUUUCUAUCUGUGUUCUUCCUCGUUUUGAAUCAAUGGGCAAUCACUCAAAAGUUGUAUUACAUGAUCAAAAAUCUGCAUUUAAAAGAGAGAUUUUGUAUCAUUAG